GGUCAUGUGAUCAGCUGUGUCCAAUCACAGCUGAUCACAUGGGACAUAUACACUGAUCAUCAGGGCACUGAUGAUCAGUGUACCCUGAGGAUCAGUGUAGCCCCAGCAGUGACACCUGUCAGUGUCCAUCAGUGCCUUGUGUCAGUGCUCAUCAGCGCCUUGUGUCAGUGCCACAUCAAUGCCACAUAUCAGUGCCCAUCUGAGCUGCCUUUCAGUAUCAGCCAUCAGUGCCAGUCAGUGCUGCCUGUCAAUGCCCAUCAGUGCCACCUACCAGUGCCGCCUAUCAGUGCCCAUCACUGCAGCCUCAUUAGCGCACAUCAGUGA